GCUUCCUGUUCACUGUGCGUACGUUAGCUGAUUUUUAACGAGUUUACGUCGGUUUCAUUAAAGCUACUGGUGUUUAUAGUGAGUUACUGGGUUUAUGACUGAAAGCAUUCUUGUAAAUAUUAUGAUUGAGAGCAACCUGCAGCACUUUUAGACAAUAUGGAGGACCAAACGUCAGCUACUGUCUUUCUACAGCCUGCAUGCAACUGAGGCUUCAUAUGUUUGCAGAGAGAGGCCUGCUCCUUGGUGAGAACAGCUCUCUGAGAAAAUGGACAGAGGGUGGUUCGUUGGAAACGAGAGGAUACUUUCCUCCGAAUCUCAACAGCGAUUGUCCAGCAGUGUCUCUACGCCCUGCUUGACUAUAAACGUGAGCAAAUUGCUCGAAGCUGACAAGCCCAGCGCCAUGAGGAAGCCUGUCCCGAUCCGCCCUCCAGGCCCCAGAGUUACUCGCCCAAAUGAACAGAAAAGCCACCCCUUCCUCACCUGCGAGCCCACCCCAAAGCCCAUCAUCCGACAACGAUCACGAUCUCUGCCUUCUGCCUCCGAGAGCAAAAAGAAGCGAACCAGAGGGAUUGGGGUGAGGUUCGUCGACUCUCUGGGACUCGACCUGGAAGAUGUUAGGGUUUUCAAGUCUGGUGAGGACCCGUUUGUGCCUGAGCAUGUUACCUUUAGACUCCUAAUGGGUGCUGAGAUGACAGAUGGAAGGCAUCUGGAGAUCAACUUGCCGUACCUAAAGCCAGUUUUUUCCCAACAACCUGGUGACCAGCCAGGGUUUCUGCAGCGUCUUCAGGAGCAGAAAGUGUGCCUAGAGAGGGUGUUGUGUUUUGAGCUGGGUAUUAUUGGAAUCACGCAAGUCCUGAAUUUAGAGUUUGGAAAAGAAGUUACAGUUCGGUAUUCAUUUACAGAGUGGAGAAACUCUGCAGAAACUAAGGCUUCCUGGGUAUCCACUGUCACCAAGACCUGGGAUGAAGGAGAAAGAGGAAAAGAAAUGAGUUGUGAUACAUUUCGUUUCCACCUGCCUGUUCCUCCAUCCCUUCGACCAGGAGCGCAAUUGGAGUUCGCUAUUCAAUACAGAGUCUGCGGUGCUGAAUAUUGGGAUAACAAUAACGGAAAGAAUUAUAAAUUAGUCUGCCAAAACUACAAAUUAACUGUGCCUAAAGAAUGUGAAGACAGCAUGGUGCAUUUCAUUUAGAAUAGGACUACAUGGAAAAUGUAUUUUGAGCACUUAGUGUCUACUGGUUUUAAGACAUAGUUCUGCUUGAAAGUUUACAAACCCUCCCAUUAAAGAACAUUAUAAAUUCACAAUUCCUUUGUAAUCCAAAUAACUCAAAACUAAAAAAGGUAAUAAUUGAAAAAAAUUAACUAAAUAUGAAUUUAGUAUUGGAAAAUAUUAACAAAAACAAAUGAUUCUAAAAAAAAAACUAUCUCAGGCAAAAAAACGAAAACAAAAAAAAAAACAGGGAGCCGACAUACCUGUCAACAGGUGCAGAAAUCUGACUGAACAUUUCCUAAACAUUUUACAUAAAAACUCAUUUUAGUGAUUGCCUCAAAUUGUUGCUCAACAAAAUGUAUGUGUAUAUAUAUCUAUCUAUAUAUAUAGAUAGAUAGAUAUAGAUAUGUGUGUGUUUAAUGUACAGUAUUUUACUGCCAGAUCUUUUUUUUUCUGUCUUUAUUGGAAGAGUAUGUAAACUUUCAAGCAAAACUGUAUAUGAGGAAUAACAACAGAUUAGAUUUUCUUGAUUUAAGCACUAAUAUAAUUAUGAUUAUGUCCUGAAUAUCAAGCACUUUGAUAGUGAUUCAAGCACUAAAGCACACAUUGCAUAUAUACAUAUAUCACUGAUGAAAUAAAAUGAUUUCAUGUUGUACAGAGAUGUUUUUAGUAUAUAUUUGUAAGUAAAUGUUCCAGAACAUUUUAUUGAUUAAAUCAUUUAAUUUUCUUUUCAGAGAUCAACCAAUCACUUUUUUUAUUGUAUACUUAUUUCCCUUUAGUAUGAGGUCUCACUAUGAUUUAGGUUUUUUUUUAAUCUUAUUAUUAUUUCUUGUUUCCUUGAGGAUUUUAAUUUGUGAGAAAAUAUGUUUUAGAUAUCUGUAGCAGUUAUAAAUUCAAAUGAAAAAAAACAACUAAAUUAUCCCUGGCUUUGUUUUAAAGAUUUUGUUCAUAACUUUUAUCUGAUUAAUAUACAUUGGUUGUUGGCCUAUAUCUGUGGACCUUUACUGUAUAUGUGAAAAAGAAAAACCCUGAUAUUUUUUUAGAAUUUGAAUUGAUCAAUGGACAAUAAUGUCAGAUUCUGGACUUUGGAUUAUUGAUUGUUGUAUUUCAGAAAAAUCCAAUAGUAUUACUGAUAUUCAAUAAUGAAAUUUGCCAAUUCUUGUUUUAUGUAAUUUCUUUUCUUAUGAACGUUUGAGGAAAUAUGAUCACUGUUACUUGUGGUGUAAAAAAUGUUGAAAUAUUUCUGUUCUCAGCCUCACAGGCUCCAAAAGAAGGUUAUGAGAGAUAAGAAUGAGUUACAGCUCAUGGCAUGAAGGGGAGGACUGUUGUUUUGAGGAGAUCCAUCCGGCCAGCGGAAGAUAUAUUAACCUAACAGUGAACGGCCUUGAUGGACUAAAGUUGUUUUUCCUCCAAAUAUUCAAAUGUGAGAAAGUUCUUUAUGCAGGGGGUGGGUUCAUUCCCCUGGGGAGAGUGUGUGUGAUUUUGUAAGGUAUAAAUGUAUGUACUGAAAUGCCUCAGUCAGAGCCUAUCUCUCCGUCUGAGGACGUUAAAUAAAUUUGAACCUUAUUUCUUGCAAGAAAUGCCUCUGCCUCAGCUUCCUAAUUUAAAAUACUGUAUAAGCUGAUUCCAGUGUUCUGUUUUUUAUCCUUUCUGCUUUUAACACUCAAUUCCUUAU